CCCACACUGACACACACACAUGCGCGCUCACACGCACUGAGCAGCAGCAGGAGAGGACGGUGCUGGCUCUAACGGCGCUGGGACCCGGGCAAACCGUCAGACGGGCCACUUACAGAUUACAGUGAGGACUUCUUGGCUGAACGCGUAGCAGCUGUGUUGUUUUUGCCCUCUGAAAGAAACCGCGGAGAGUGGACCGGACAGAGCUGUGGCCGGACACCGUGUGUGUACGUGUUUUGGUGAGGGGACAUUCUCGCCUUCCUAAUGCGCCACUGCUGCUGAACUGCCGCUCACAGCUCCACUGCAGCUGCUGCAGCCUCCAACGCGCAAAGACAUCUGUCCUACCAACACUGGCUGUCCUGACUCCCAACUCUAAGGGGUCUUUUUUCCUCCCUCUUCUUCUUCUCCUCUUUUUAUCAUCUUGACUUGAGACCCUUCCCCUUUUCCUCUCUCCCCCUCCUCUCUCUCUGCCCCCCUCAUCUUCACUGAGGCAGCCCAUCGGAAAUCGCUGCGCACACGAUGUCGGCUCCAGCUCCAGAUGCUGCGGCUCCUGCAGGGGCUCCUGGGGCCCCUGGAGGAGAGGGGGGCCCAGCUGGUGGCCCCCCUGCCCCACCCCCAAACACCACCAGCAACCGCCGACUACAGCAGACUCAGGCACAAGUGGAAGAGGUUGUGGAUAUUAUGCGCGUGAAUGUGGAUAAAGUCUUGGAGAGGGACCAGAAACUGUCGGAGCUGGACGACAGGGCCGAUGCACUGCAGGCUGGAGCCUCACAAUUUGAGAGUUGUGCUGCCAAGCUGAAGAACAAGUACUGGUGGAAAAACUGCAAGAUGAUGAUCAUGAUGGGCAUUAUUGGAGUCAUCGUGGUCGGGAUAAUCUUCUUGUAUUUCUUCUCGUGAGCUGACCCAGCUUACAGGGAGGAGAAAAUCAAUUAAAGGAGGCGGAAGAAAGCGAAACAAAUAAGACCACUCAUAUAAAGUCCAUGCCUUGUCCUGUUCCCCCUUCUCUCUUCACUCUCGAGCCAUCUGGUACUCCAGUGUGACUGUAGUCAGCAGAUCAGCAGAUUCAUAACGAGCUAACCAUUCUGCCUAGCCGGCAAUGCUUUUCACCUGCUCUUUCACUAUGACUUUCUCUAACUCCCUCCUGAGGCAUUACACACACACACACACACAUCCCGCAGAGGGGAAGCAUACAUGGAGUAUGAGGAGAGUGAGCGAGAGGGGGAGAGACAGAGAGGUGAGGGGGGUGAGAAAGGGUGGGGGAAACAGGAGACAGUGAAGAGUGGGUGGAUAGAA